GCAUGUGCGGUACAUUUGAACUUCACACUUGUGAUAUGUACACAUAACAUAUGUGGUUUACACAGUGCACUUCUUGCUUGCCAGAGUACGAUGAAGAUAACGAAUAUGUCAUGUUCCCAGAUUAGUAUUUGAAGGAUACUAUGAAGUAAAGAUAUCUUUCAAAAUGGAAUUAUUGCCUAUUGUACUUUGUGUAUAUAAACGUAUAAAUAUAAAGUAUGGCGACGUGUCAAAAUGGCCGAUCUCAACAAAGAACUAAACGAAUAUCUUCUUAGCAGUAAAAAUGAAAAACAAUUCAAAAUUACCGUACCUUCGGUGACGAUACCGAAAGCGAAUAUUGGAAAAUGGUUCGGUCGAAGCGAAGAUGAUAAACAAGAAGCGGGAUGGAUCCAAGGAACACAAAAGGAAUGUUGUCCUAGCAUGACAAAAGCACAAAGGCUAGUAGCAUUUGUUGUAUGCUUUUCUAUGGGUUUACUUUGUUUCUGUUUGUCGGCGAUUUAUAUCCCAGUUUUGCUCCUUAAGGCAAGAAAAUUUGCACUUCUGUAUACAUUAGGAAGUGCUUUCUUCCUCUCAAGCUUUUGCUUCCUUUUUGGUCCAUUAAGUUACCUAAAGUCAUUAUUCAGCGCUGAAAGAAGGUGUUUCAGUAUAUCCUACUUUGUAACUUUAGUAGGAACGCUUUAUUGCGCUCUGCAUUUACAAUCUACUCCACUAACGAUACUCUGUGCUGUUUUGCAAUUAAUAGCUAUGUUAUCAUUCCUGAUAAGUCAUAUACCAGGAGGAACUAAAGGCCUAAUGUUUUUUACGAGAAUGUUCAAAUCUUCGGUAAAUUCUACAUUGCCUGUAUGAUACUACAAUUACUUAGGCAUUAAAUAUAUACAUGUGAAAUCAA